UUGGCCGAGGCGCUGUCACUCACUAAGUGAUGUGUCUGCGUGCAGCAAAGGCUCCAUUUGCCAUAAGUAAAUAGUUCGGUUUACAUCAACUAGCAAGAAUUUGAUCAUCCUGAGUCCGGCGGGGACGGCCAGUACUUGAGGGCCGCGAAUUGGAAGCUUUGACCGGGCGUCGGACACAGCGAAGCACGCCGCCUCCAGCAGAUGCGGAUACCCUGUCAGGGACUCUAUCUGCCAUCUUUGACCUGGACUAUCUAACUUCUCCUCUCGGGCCCCUGCAGCUCUUUCUUUAAUUAACUGGCCUCAAUCCAGAGUCAAGACACUUCCACUUGCUUGGUUCCACAGGCGUCGUCGUUCUUUUUCACGGAGCUGGCCAGCUGAGGUGAAGGGGAGGGCAGCUAAAUUGAGCACGAGCGUGGAUGUCCUGCCCCGGAAGAGUGGACCAUGAUCUGAAGUCCCCUUCGUCCUCUCCUCCGUCACCCUCUUUUCUUUCCACACCUCAUCGGGGCGACAUCCAACCUGCCCGCCAUCUUAAAAAAGCUUCCCUAACGUGCGCAGAGAGGGCAAGCGGGAGUUUAAAGAAACACAGCGACAUUCACCUGUGACCCCUGACGUUGCACGCCCCCCCUCCCUGUACCUCCCACCACAAACAACAGAACAAUGGGGAGGAAAAAGAUUCAGAUUCAGAGGAUCACUGAUGAACGCAACAGACAGGUGACGUUCACCAAGAGGAAGUUUGGGCUGAUGAAGAAGGCGUAUGAGCUGAGCGUCCUGUGUGACUGCGAGAUCGCCCUCAUUAUCUUCAACCACUCCAACAAGCUGUUCCAGUAUGCCAGCACCGACAUGGACAAGGUCCUCCUCAAGUACACAGAGUACAAUGAGCCCCACGAGAGCCGGACCAACACCGACAUCAUUGAGACGUUGCGAAAGAAAGGCUUUAACGGCUGCAACAGCCCUGAGCCCGACGGAGACGACUCCAUCGACCAAAGCCCGCUAAAUGACGACAAGUACAGAAAGACAGAGGACCUGGACAGCAUCUUCAAGCGCUACGGCUCUGCCGUCCCACAGCCCACCUUCUCCAUGCCAGUCACCGUGCCAGUGUCCAAUCAGAGCGCUCCACCGGCCGCCGCCCUCCAGUUCAGUAAUAACCCGAGCGGUGCCCUGGUCACCACCACCUCCUUCGUCACCUCCGCCCUCACAGACCCCCGCCUCCUGUCGCCACAGCAACCAGCCCUGCAGCGGAACACCGUUUCACCAGGACUGCCACAGCGACCUGCCAGCGCAGGAGCUCUCCUAGGAGGAGAUCUGGGAAACUCCAACGGAGCGUGUCCAAGUCCAGUUCCUAACGGCUACAUUAGCGCCAGGGCGUCCCCUGGCCUGCUGGCCGUCUCCAAUGGCAACAGCCUGGCCAAAGUGGUCCCAGCCAAGUCUCCUCCCCCUCCCAGUCCUCAGAUGGUCAACAGCCGCAAGCCGGACCUCAGGGUCAUCACCUCGCAGGGCGGCAAGAGCCUCAUGCAGCUGACAGAAGAAGAGCUGGAGCUGGUCAGCGAGAAUGCUCAGCGGCUCGGUGGCUCGCAGGUUCCGCAACCCCUGACUACACCUGUGGUUUCUGUGGCGACGCCCAGCCUGCUGGCACCUUUUUCCGGCAUGCAGACGGCCUACAACACUGAGUACCAGCUGACGAGUGCAGAUCUCACUGCGCUGCAGACGUUCACGCCACCGGGCCUGGUGCCUGGCAACAUGGCUGCCUGGCAACAGCAACAGCAGCCCGCCAUCACCCAGCAACAGCAGCCGCAGAUCAGUCUGGCGUCGCUCACCAACUUGGUCAUGUGGGGUGCAGACAAGCAAAGUGCGGAGAUGGCUAACUGCAUCUCCAACAUUGCUGCUAACCUGAGGCCGAUGGCUCCUCUCCCUCAGGGCACUGCACUGACCGUCAACACCAACCCUCAUGUCAACAUCAAGUCUGAGCCCGUCUCACCCAACCGGGACCGCAGCACUCCCAGUUCCACCGGGGGCGCCGGCGGUGGUCAAAUGCACGUCCAGGGUGGGGCCGCCAUCACCUACCCCACGACUCUGCGCCAGGAAGCUGGAGGUCAAGGCCGCUCACCCGUCGACAGCCUGAGCAGCAACGGCAGCUCGUACGAGGGCAGCGACCGCGAUGACGCCGCCCAGGGGCGAGGGGGCGGCGGGCCGGAUUUCCACCACCAGCCCGGUGCCGGCAGCCUCCAGCAGCCCACCAUGGUCCUUCUGCGGCCCGCCUCGGCCGAGCCCCAGGACCAGGACGGGGCCAACGUCAAGAGGAUGAGGCUGGACGCCUGGGUCACAUAAAGUGAUGAACACUGCGAGCUGGGCCGGGUCGGGUCGGACUAAAAGAGAACUGGCCUGUGCACUGCUCCACACACACAUCAACACACACACACCAGCCCCUCCUAACACCUCCCUACACACGCACACACACGCAUGCUAACAUGUGCACUUGUGUUUCCUCACGCAGACCUUGCCACCGCGACAUAACACAACCAGAACCAGACUACAUUUGGGACAUCAUGAAGAGUAGAAACCCUGAAGGGCAGAACAAACAAUUCCCAGCAUGCCUUGCGUAUGCCGCGUUGCAUCUGCGUGUCAUGUCAUUUGGACGGCAGAAGUGCCGCCUGUUAAGUCGCGCCGUUUUUCUUGUUAACAAUGAGCUCCAGAAUUUAGUCAAGUUAAGAAGGAAAUGUAAGUACUGAUUGGAUUUGUUGCUGCGCUGAAAGAUUGGCUUGCUCUUUCAAUCAGGGAUGAGCUGCGACAACACACAGUCGUGUCACAUGCAGAUCUUUUGGAGUGUGUGUGUGUGUGUGUGUGUGUGUGUUUUUGAGGUUCUUGACUCCAUGUUUGGACUUUAUGUUAGUGAACCGAACCAUGUUGGGGCGUGUACAUAAACAAUGUUGUGGCUUUGCGUGUGUGAUGAAGCGUUUUAAUAAUACUACUAUUAAUAAUAAUAAUAAUAACAAUAGAUGACGUGCACGCCACAGAGAUUGUACAUAUGAGCUCAGUAUUUGGUUGGAAGGAAGAAGAAGCAAACUGAUUCUCAAUGGAACUCCUUUUUUUAAUGAUUAUUUAUGCGUGUACAGAAGUGUCAUUUGUUGACAAGCCACCAGAGGGCGCUAUUAGACAGAAAAGGGAAGGAGAUUUUUCACUCACUGAUGAGAAAGCGCACUUUACCUUAAAAACACCCCGCCACCCCACACACACACACACACACACACACACACUUUACAUGUCGGCUUGUGAAAAAAAAAUCAAAAUUUGCACUUUUCUCCAAACUCCUGUAUGUCCGGUCAGGUUUUAAUUGGUGAAAUGUAAUACUUCACUUAAUGUGUCCACAAACGUCACACACAGUAAAGCAUCAUUUUAUUGAAAAAAAAACUUGCUGCGGGUAUAUGACAGAAUAACCUAAUGUUAUUUUAUUCUGUAUAUUUUUGAAGAAGUGGUAUUUUAUUUUAAUCAAGCAGGAUGGUUGUUUCUCAGGAAGCAGUCAUCCGGAUCAAUUUAAUACAACAAACCUCUGACUGAAAUGUUGAUGCAGUUUGUAGGCAGUGCCACUUGAUGGCAGUGUUGCUUACCUCCUAAUUCUUAUUGUGUGACUUCACCGCCAUCUUUCAUUUGGAAUCAGUCAGUCCCAUUCAAACACAUUUGAACAACGCACACACUGGAAUCGAUGCAAACUUUGAUCCGUCCGGGUAUUUUUAUACUUUUAAGGUCAUCACACUUAGAAUGAAAGCAAAACACACUCGCUGGACGUGGCAACACUUUUAAGGUUUUAGUGAUGAAAAGUGCAAAUGUAUGUUUUUCUUCUAGUACCAAAAGUCUCAUAGGAAGCUUCAUCAGAAAGUUCCAUUUUUAGUUACUGACCCCUUCAGUCCAGAUUGGGGUUGGGGUUUGCCCCCCCCCCUUGAUCAUCAGCGUCAAACGACAUGCCCCUUUAAGGCAAAGAAAGUCGUUAAUUAGCGUCUUCAUAAAAAAAACAUAUCAAUUCCAAUAUUGAACUCGUAUUGAAAGUCAUGUAAUCUAUUUCAUUUGUUAUGGCAACAUGCGGACGUUUUUAUAACUAUUUAUUAGAAUAAUGUGUACCAGUGGCGAUACAAUUUACGUACUUUUACGUUCGUUCAUUUUAAGUACCAUUCUGCGAGUUUUGGCUCCACCAUGACGCCUCCAGCCAUUUGUUUCCAAGUUAGCCCACAAGGGGGCGCCGCCGCAACCACAAAAAAGACAAUCAUUUUAAACGCUUGCGCCCGCCCCUACAAACUUAUGGCACUCCUUGCUGGUGUACAAUGAUGUUUCGACGCCUCACUCACUUUCCAGUGUUAAUUUGUGCUGUUUUGUAUAGUGAUAUUGUUGUUAUUAUUAUUAUUAUAAAUAUCAUCAUAAUGACCGCAGCUAUGUCAACAUCAUUUAGAAUCUGCGGUUCUUUGUGUAGCUCAGUUUCAUUUGGAAGUUAUUUUAUUAUCUAAGGAUAUGCUAUACAUAUAUUUUGUCUGGGGGAUUUUUUUUUUCGUUAUUUCAGAAGUUUAAACGUGUUUCUAAUGUUGCACGAUUUUUACGACACAAAGCCAAUGUCACGAGCUAAGCGGUUUCAGCGCCACCGUGCUGCGAUGCCGCGACUUGAAGUCCGACGCACAAACGUCUCCACUCGGAGGAGGUCGCGGGGUGGGGGGGCGGGCGUGCCACGUCUAAAUAAGUUAUUUGUGAGCAGACAACGAUGUCAAUGCAUGGACGGAGGGAAUACAUUGUAAUAUCAACACAUGUCAUCACACAAAUAUUUAAAAAAUGAAGAAAAAAAGUAUAAAAUAAAUUAUAGCUAAUAUAUUGUGUUUGGCUAGUCUGCUUUUUUGUUGUAAAGAUACUUUUUUGUUGUUUUUGGAGAAUGAUAUACAAUUUGUGUAUAUUUUCAUAAAUAAAAGUAUGCACUGAUAUGUUAUUACAAAAUCUAUACUGCUUUUACAAAAAAAAGUGUUUGUUAUUGUACCAAAGUAUCCAAUGGUCCCCUCUUGGCCCCCCUUUUCCCUUUUUUGCGUAUGUUUUACCGUAUUUUAUAUAUUAAAUAGACAAGUUGACCUACACAAUUGUGUCGCUUUGUUUGUGUGCGGA